CAUUAGGGCAAUGGACUUGAGAUCAGCGGUCGUUUUGUCCUGCGACAAAAUCAGAUCACCAUGGAGAUGGGAUUCGCAAACAAAUCCAACGGACAGCUCUUCGACUUUGCUAUGCAGCUCAAUAAGAACAGUUUUGCGCUGACGCACGUGGACGCGUUGCGCGUCAACCCACCGCAAUUGCAACCCAACCAACCAAUCGCCCAGGCCACCUUGUUGCUCGGUACGACUGGCCCAGUGCAACGUAUGACGCCAUUGAAUAACUUACAGGUGGCUGUUAAGACUAACACAGGAGUGUUGUUCUUCGAUUGUUUAGUACCGCAUCACGUGCUCUUCACAGCAGACGGUGAAAUGGAACGCGAUGACUUCCUACAGAAUUGGAGGUCAAUAUCGGAUGCCCACGAGCGCCUGACCCAGAUAGAGAGUAUAGCCGUCCCCGAAGAUCGGAUCGAAGACGUGUUGCGUGCCAAUAACAUCUUCACCAUUGCCAAACGCAGUGUGGAUGGGCGGUCGCUGUGGUAUACGUCACUGAAGUACACCAAUGGCAUCUACGUUAUGAUCGAAGUGACUGUGCUGAUGGGAGCGCGAAACGGGACUGUUGCUGUGCGAACAAAGACAGCCGAUGUGGUGGAUGGGGUGACACAGGCGUUCCGGGUCAUCCUAGCCAGCCAAUAG